CGUGUAUUUUUUUGUUUAUUAUUUCUCUUUCAAUUUAAAGCACUAAUGUCAGCGGUUGUAACGCCUUCAUCAACCCCUCUUGAUUCACCCAAAGUUGUAACAAAAGUUGUAGAUGGAAAGACGUCUACUGAAAAACCCAAGAAACGAACCAAAAAGAGGUCGAAACGUCAUGCACGUAAACCCACCUUAAAAACUAAAGUCAUCGUAAGAAGACUUCCGCCCAACUUGCCCGAGGAGAUUUUUUUCAAUUCGGUCAAGCCAUGGAUUAAUCAAGACAAUGUCGACUAUUCACUCUAUGUACCUGGCAAACUUAGCAAAAGUAAAGCAAAGGAAAGUGUAUUCUCGCGUGCGUAUUUUCACUUUAAGACGAUGGAAGCAGUCAUUGCUUUUCAUCAAGGAUUUGACGGUCAUGGUUUCAUGGACAGUCGUGGCAACGAAAACAGAGCUGUUGUCGAAUUCGCACCUUAUCAGAAAAUUCCCAGAGAACAUAAGACCGUCGAUGUUCGUCAAGGCACCAUUGAUGAGGAUCAGGAUUAUUUGGACUUUUUAGAAUCCCUCAAGGCAGAAGAAAAGAGUAAACACGACCUUGAAAACGAAACGGGUGAUGGACUUACACAAAUAGAGCGAUUAGAGAACAGAAUCGCCAUGGUGACAGCCAAGACUUUGGCUGCUGAACAGGCAAAUAAACCAAAGACGACACCACUUCUUGAACAUCUUCGUGCUCAAAAGGCAGCUCAGGCUGCGGCUAGAGUAAAAUCGUCUGGCAAGAAGACCCGAAAGCAGCGAUCGGAAAAGUCGGGCAGCACGAAAAAGACAGAAGGAAAGAAUGCACAGUCACCUAGUGUAAGUGGAGGUGUUGCUGGUACUGCUGCUGCAAGUGGUGGAGGAGGAGGGGAGGUUGUAAAGAAAAAGAGAGAACGUAACCGAAAGAAGAAGGAUGGGGAUAAGAAGGAAGGCGAAGGCACAAAUUCACCCAAACCUCCUCGUCCACCCAGAGAGCCUAGGGAAGCCAAGGAACCAAAGGAGCCCAGGGAACGACCUCCUAGAGAUCCAAAGACAAAGGCUCCCAAGCCAAAAAGACCCGCCAGAAAGAACGAUGAGAAUAAACCACCCGUUAAAAUUUUGGGACGUCAAACACCAGCAGCAGGUCCAUCAACUUCAGGAUAAUCCAAUUUAAUAUGAAAAAAAAAAGGAGACCAUUACACACAUCACAUAACCUUUCUGCCCAGUCAGUUCUAGAGUCAAUAUCAACAAUGGACUCUAUUUUUUUUUUACAACGCCAUCCAAUGUUUGGAUGAAACAAGCUAUUUUUUUUUCCUCACACAUAAUUUCUAUUAUCAAGGAUCAAAAUAUGCAUUAAAUUCAAUUAAAAAACACACACACAAAUGUGAACGUGUCAACGUCACAUUUAAUGAAAAAUCUAAA